UCUCGUCCACAGCACGGCGCUCUGUCGCCUCCCUCCCCUCCUUUCCUCUUCUCCGGCUUCUUCUUCGGUUUGGUGCAUCUCGUCCUGGUCGGCAACACAUCAUGUUAUCUGGACGCUUCAGUCUACUCUGCCUCGCCACAACUGUACUAGCCACGCCUGCCAGGCUUGCAAGCGGGCUACAUCACCGACGACAUGUCUCUCACGAGAGCGGCCUUUUUGCGAGAACGUUCGCGGACGUACUCCCUCGCAACGACUGCGAACCUGCCGACCCCCAGGACACAGUCACGGACAGGUUGAACACCCUGCUCAACUCCUCGGGACCUGGAUACACGCUGCCACUGUGUCCUAGCGAGUCAUACUAUAUCACAGCACCACUACAGUUUGCCGCACAUGACCAGGAGAUCAGCACGGUGGGCUAUCCGGAGGGCGACGACCGAGCCACCCUUGUCGUCUCGGGGGCGAUCACCAAUGGGGCAGGACAGACAACGGCGGUCAUGGGUCAGUGCGCAGACUGCGACGAUAUUAAACUGCGUCAUAUCCAGAUCAACGGCACUCGCGGGAAUAACGGACCCAUCAACGGUGGCGCUAACAUUGAGAUGGGCGGCGACAAUUCCGGGCAGCUCAUUGAAUUCGUGCACUCCUUCGAUCCCAGAGGCUGGUCAUGCCUGCACAUCGCUGAAGGGACCUUCAAAUGCAACAACCAGACCAUACAAAACAACGACAUCGGGCCUUGCGGCACUGACGCGUUCCAACAAUGGGCAGAUGGUAUAAGCAUCAGUUGUAUGAAUACUGUUGUACGCAACAACAUGGUCAAGAACCCGACUGACGGUGGCAUUGUUAUCUUCGGAGCACCCGGUACACUGGUCGAGAACAAUACAAUCUGGAUUGUGGAUAACACUCUACUCGGUGGUAUAAACAUGGUGGACUACGAUCCUUGGUCCGGCAACUACACCAACACAAUCGUACGGAACAACCUCAUCAUGGGUGGCUUCGCUACCAGCGAUGAGGAGCCCGGGGACGCGGACGGUACCAAUUCAGAAGACGUCAUCAUCAAGAUCGGUAUCGCCAUUGGCCCACGCACAUGGUUCGGCAACCAGUACUACCAGAACGUCAGCACGUCCGGCACCGUCCUGAACAACCAGCUCACCGGGGCAUUCGGGUACGCCAUGGCCAUGUCCUCCGCGCGCAACUUCACCGUGCAAGGCAACACCCUCACCGGCAACACGUCCUUCAUCGGCAGACGCGGCCCCAACUGCACCGCAGGCGACACAAUACCCAACGCCGCCGGGUUCAUCAUCGACCCGAGCCUCGUCUCGCUCUCGACUGAGCAGUCCGGCUUCAUGAACGUGAGCGACGGCGACGGCCUGACAUGUAUCCAGCCACCGGACGGGGGCGACUACUGGCCUUUCGGUGGGAACCCGUCGAACCCGGGCGCGGCAUCUACCAGUUCGCCCUCACCCUCUUCAUCCUCGUCGAGCGGCAUAUCAGGAGGCAGCAAGGCAGGCAUUGCUAUUGGUGUCAUUUUGGCCGUCGCCGCUAUCGCCGCGGCGACGUAUUUCAUCCGUCGCUGGGCACUUGCGCGUGCGACGGCCAGCGGCACCGAGCCCUGGCGUAGGUCAGGCUACCUCGGGAAGGGGAAGCAGCUCUCAUGAGGACGCUGUUCACGCAGCCGAACACCUAUCUCGAUGACACUACUACUAUUUCAUCAUGGGUUUAUUGUUUUGUUCUGACACUUCGACUAACGAGCGCAACGUACCUUGCCACAUCUAUUUCUAUCGUACGGUCCAGGAUACUUUGACAUGCUUACACCGACGCACCCCUCUACCCUGCGAUAUACCACUAUCCCUUCAGGUCACUCUCCUUUGGUUGUGCUCGGACUGUGCUAUUAGAUUCUAGAAUGUAUGUGUAGCUGCAUCGAUAGAAUGAUCACAGUACCACAUCAAUGCAAUCCUUGCUGUUCUGAAUCACUGUCA